AUGAAGUACGUGUGUACUCACGGCUCCGCAGGUACAUCUCAAAGCGGUGUGGCGGUGUCGACAAGAAAAACGAAGCCACCAACAUGCUCCUCCACCAUUCUUACGCUUCAACGUAAAAACGCAGCCCUCACCAAUGACCUUGAGGAGUGUCUUGGCAUUUUUCGUGAUGCACGUGCGUUUGCUGACGAAUUGGAGAAGAAGGUGGCUGCCGUUCCAGAAUUUUUGUUCUCCAUGCAGCAGCACAUGCAAAGCCUUAUGCUGCUACAGCAUGGUGUUUUUUUAGGGAACGCGACCGUGCUUUUCCAACUGUGGCACAGAGACCGUGAAGCGUUGCUCGAUGCACUUGAACGGCAGGCAAAUGAUGCCUAUGAGAGCUACCAGUGCAAAAAACGGAUGCUUGUUGAGCAGCAUGAGGCUGAGCUGGAGGAGGCUCAUGGUGAGUGGCAACGCGCUCUGGAAUCCACGCAGAAGGAAAUGGUGGAGUUAAAAAGACGGCUUAAGUUGGCGGAGGUGGACGAGGGGUUGAAGGUGAAACAAAUGCUUCUAAAGAAGGCGGCUGCCGUCAUUGAAAGAAAAUGCUGCGGUGGAUGCAAUAAAGAGACGCAGACGAGUCACAGCGUCACGACGGCGGCGUGUCAGACGGCGGAUGUCUACCGCCGUUCUGCAGCUGUUCAAACAACAGAAGAAGAACUGCCGUGGCAUCAAGAGCCAAGGCGACCCAAAGAGGAAGCAGAAGAAAAGGAACCGGUGCCACUUGUGGUUCCUCCAGUGGCAUUUCCUGCAGAGGCUCCAUUGAAGAGCCCCGCACCACGCGAAGAGCAGCGAAAAGAAAGGCAACGCGGUGCGAUGGAGCUCGACGCGCUUCGUCUGGAGUUGCGGAAUGUUCAAAUGGACUAUGCACAUGAGAGGGAAGCAGCAAUAACAGCACGCUCAAAUUGUACUUUUUUAGAGGAAACCUUACAAUCGCAGUUGCAAGAAAUUACAUUUCUUCGAGAUGCAUUAGAUCACAUUGAGGCAUUUGUCUUUUUCCCACCAACGAAAUAUUCAUCUUCUGGCGGCGUCACAGCUUUGGAGCGGCUUGCCUUGAUGGGAAAUGAGGGUCUGAAUAGCUCCCCGCAGGUCCUUCCGCCGGUGGUUGAUACGCCACCUUAUGGGGAGUCGGUGUUCAAAAACAAACAAGUAGCGUAA